AAAAUGCAAUUUUUAUUUCUUUGCAGUGCACUGCAUGCUAUACAUUCUUACAAUUUAAAUAAGCAUACUAAACUAAAGCCAAAUAAUGUGAAGAUUGCCCAACAGGUCUACAUUACCUAAUACAUUUAUCAUUAUAUAAACUGCUGUGCUUAAUAUUAAUACACUGUGCAAGGAAUGCUUAAUUUCUUGAACUUCCACACAGGUCUUUAAAACUGAAUCUCACUAGUACCCAAGACCAAUAACGUGCUGAGGAAGAAGGUAUUUCAAAUAUAUUUACUGAUUACACAGUGUUUGAAUCUUCAAAAAUUCUAAAUUUAUGUGGAGAAAGGAGAAUGGAGAAUCUGAACUUGGCUGUUCAUGCAAACUCUUUCCUUUCUUUGACUCACUUUAUGAAUUGUUAUGUUUCUAGAUCCUUCUUUUAAAAUUUUCCAUUUGGGGAAACUUGUACAUUUAAAAAAAAAAUUCAUCUCAUUUUCUCCCUCCCCCUCCUUAAAAUAAAUAAGAAGGCUUAAGAAUUAGCACUAAUAAUAAUCCCACAAUGGUCAUUGGGAAAUCCUCCCCCAAAGUGACAACUGCCGCUAAGAAGGGCAAAAUCCACUAAGAAUGAAAAUUCCCCCAAAUGAGUCCUUCUCCGAGGGGGUGGAGGUCACACAGCUGGCACAACUGGUAUCACAACCAACUCGAGGCGACCCAGAGGAAGAUGCUGCGCCAAGAGAAGCAAAGCGAAGGAGCGCGACCCAGGAGGCUAGCGAAAUCCCCGCCAAGCCCCCAGGAGGCGGAGAGAAGCCCAGUCGCCAGGCACCGGCCACGGCGCACGCCAACAUUCAGGAUAAUUCUCCUUUCCAAGCCCGGGAGUUCCGGGGCAGGCGAAAAAGGGGGGAUGGGAGACCCACAGUCCCUUUAACCCUCCCCCCUGGCCUGCCAACCUUUUCCGAACCCCCAUGUCACACAACUUCCUCAUCAUGGAAACUUCCACUGGGUUCGGCGCUGAGGAUGCCAAACUCCAUUUCACAAGGAACAUGUCAACAGCUGGGCUUGGGGUUUGAGGAACAGAGCCGCUGCGAUUGGAACAGAGCCCGGCCACCCUGUUCCACCACUGUCCACUCCGUAGCUCCCAGCCUGCCGCCGCGCGGUGCCCGAACACGAGAGGGCACCUCCUCCCAGAUCCGGGGCGCAGAAGCCCCGCGGAGGCAGGUAGAAGAUUCUGAGGCCCUGGGCGGGAACUAGUAAGCCACAAUCUGGAAGAGUCUUUUAUCACCAUGUGGAGGAGAACUAGAGCACUCAUGUUGAACUAUUACCGAGAAAAGUAAUCAACUUCUUUUGUGUUAAGUCACUGAAAGGCAAGUGUUAAUUUGUUGCAGUAAUUGGUGCUCCCUUAACACACCUGUCAGCCAGGCCAAACUCUAUCACAGCAUAAAUAAUCUUUUCCUUAAAUACAUACAGGUAAAAGAAUAAAAUAGACGUAAGUGCAUUAAUAUGAAUAUAGGCUCAAAGCAAAAUGUUGGGCUAUAAAUGUUCAGAGUGAUAAUUUUUUAAGUUGAUAUGUAAUUUAGUACAGUAAAAUAGAUAAAACCUAAAUGUUCAGUUCAAUGAAAUUUUACAUGUUCAUACCCCUGUAUAAUCACCUCCCAGAACAACAUAGAAAAUAUUCAUAUAAAUGGAAUCAUACAGUGUGUUUUCUCUUGUGUCUGGUUUCUUUCACUCAGUGUUUUUGAGGUGAAUCCACAUUGUGUGGAUUAGAAAGUUGUUCUCUUAAAAUUUCUGUUUGACAUUAUGUUAUAUGAAUAUGCCACAAUUUGUUUAUUCAUUCUCCAAUUGAUGGACAUUUGGGUUGUUUCCAAUUUGGGACUAUGACAAAUGAAGCAGCUAUGAACAUUCUUGAACAAUUAUUUUUGUGGUACAUGCACUCAUAUCUCCUGGGCAUAUGCAUAGGAGUGAAACUGAUGGUCAUAUAUUUAUCUGAGUUAUUCUGUUAAAGCUCUGUGAGGUACUAGCACAAUUAUGAACAACUGGAAAAUGGUCAGUUACCACUUGCUGACUUCUGUUCAUUCUUACAGUUUUCACAAAUAAAAUAUUCAAAGUUAUAUGGAGUCUAACUUGAGUGAGUAAAUAUUCUUCAGUAUCACAAAUAGAAAAUCCUCAAAAUGAUCAAUAUUCAAAACUACCGUUGCCUUAUGUAGCAAUUACAAGCUCUGCUUGCAGCUGCAAAUGAUUUUUAUGAACUAAGCUACAUAUUAAAGCCUAUGUAAAAAUGAAGAUGCUGAUAAAUUAAAGUACAUCAAGAAAAAGGUGAAUGGCUGAAAGGAAGGUAAGAAUACCAAAACAUUUCCAGAUUAAAUCUUACUUUUCAGCUGUUUGAAAGAUAGGUUUAAGACAUGCUGAGUAAUUGCUAAUUGGACUGUAAUAACCUAUGUUCACUGUGAGUGCACAGAAGUACAGUAUAUUGUUAAAUUCUUUGUCAAUCACAAAAGAAAUCUAGUGGUUCAAGACACAUCUUCCCAAAACAUGCCAAUUAAGUGUCCUUCCUUUUUGAGUUAUGCUUAUAUGCAUCAAAAAUGGAAAUGUAAUUGGUAAAAAUUUGGGGAAAAUAUCCUUUUUUAAAGGAAGGCAAUGAGGUAAAUCUUGCUCAUUUUCAUGGAAUAAACUUUAAUAUAUCUAGAUAUAACAACACAUAUAAUAAAAUGCUAUGAUUAUGGGCUAUUUUCAGAUCCUUAAAAUCCCUGAAUGAGUCAUAUCUGAAGUGACAGUCAUAACUUCAGAUUUGCUUGCCUUUGUCAGUUAUUUUAAAUGAAAUUCUCAAUUUGAGGGCAAGAUGGGUCUUAGUGACACCUCCUAUUUUCAUAUAUUAUAGCUCUCUUUCACAAAUAAACUUGCCUUAUCCUGUUUACAAAGUAUUGCGUAAAAUGCUAGUCAUAGCUCCUACAAACACAACUGUAGAACAUACUUUGAACUUCUAUAAAUGAUACAUUUGAGGCAAACAAAUCUACAGCUAGUACAAGAAAGGAUUGAGUUUUCAUUAUGCAGAUUUAGAACAAAACCCUGCAAUGUAGUUCAUGCCAGAUAAUGAAUAACAAUAAUUUGAGUUCCAGGUUUGUGUCCUUUCUAAUCAUG